CCUCCACUUUUUUUUUUCUUCUUUCUUUCCACCCUUUCAUCUAUACAUAUACACACUCUCUCGCUCACUUAUCAUGACCUUUGUACAAUUACUUCGUUCACAAACACCCAGACUCAAACAUUCAACAUCUUUACGUACAGUCAUUUCUAAACGAUGGGCUUCAACCAAUACAACUGGGGAAGCGGUCAAAGAAGAAACUUUUAAUAACAAUGUCUGGCGUAAUACCAUCCUUCUGGCUAUUGCUGGCUUUAUUUGGUACCGUAUCGAUGAACGAGUAACAGACCAAGGUGAUGAAAAACAUCCCGUCACCAACUGGAUUGAAUAUCAUAUGAACAAAAGCCAAGAUAACGAUCAGAUUGCUGAAACAAACUUUGAUAAUGCUAAAAAAAUUGCCGAAUACAAAUUGGUCUAUCAAGAUGCUCAACGACCUCCCAUCUAUCGUAUGCGAUAUCCAGAAACCUUUGAAAGAUCAAGUCCUCGUGCAUUGGUAACAGGUAACAACUGCGACCUUUCCGACGUAAAGAUUCGACAGAACACAGAAUAGUGUAGAUAAGUUGACACCCUUGAUUAUUUGGAACACGAUGUAGCAAAUAAAAUUGAACUGUUUUUGAAACCCAA